AUCAACUGCGCAUCCAGGCUCGUCUGUAGCCUAUAUCGGUAAGGCGUCUCCAUGUGUCAAUCCGAAGUGGGCGGGUCCCGCGUCUGCUGCGGCGCUCUGGAGAGGCAGAGAGUCAGGCAAGGGCUGAAGUGCCACUUUCUCAGCAUUGUCAGUGCGGGCAGCAUCUUCUCCCAGCCCGGUUACAGUAACUGCUGCAGGCGACGUAUCCUCCGGAUCGGGACAGGAGAUUCGGGUUUGCUCCAUUCAUGCGAUCCGAGCCCGACUGAGAGCGCACCAUCACCUGGAUAAGCGGCAUCAGCAUCAGUGCAGGGAGAACGCGGACGCAAGCAUCUCCACGAGAAUAUGAUGCUCCAACAGCACUUGCUUUUUGUGCUCUACAGCUUCUGUGGGAUUGUCAUUAAAGAGGCGGCAACGAAAAACAAAGUGAAAGGUAGCCAGGCUCAGUUCCCCAUCACCCAGAAUGUGACGGUGGUCGAGGGCAGCACGGCUAACAUGACCUGCCGAGUGGAUUAUAAUGAUAACACCUCCCUCCAGUGGUCAAAUCCAGCACAACAGACCCUCUUCUUCGGGGACAAGAAAGCAUUAAGGGACAACCGGAUUGAACUGGUUCGAGCCUCUUGGAAGGAGCUGACCAUCAGCAUCAAUGAUGUUACUCUGUCAGAUGAAGGACAGUAUACAUGCUCGCUCUUCACCAUGCCUGUCAAGACCUCCAAGGCCUUCUUGACUGUAUUAGGUGUUCCAGCGAAACCAGAAAUCACAGGCCUCUCGAGACCUGCCCAGGAGGGGGAGGACGUCACACUGACAUGCACCACAUCUGGCAGCAAACCGGCUGCUGACAUCCGAUGGUUCAGAAACGACAAGGAGGUGCAAGGUCAGAAGGAGAUAAACGCCACUGGCAGGUCAUUCACGGUCAGGAGCACCAUACACCUCAAGGUGGACAGGACAGACGAUGGAGCAGCGUACACCUGCGUGGUGGAGCACAUAGCUCUAGGCUCCUUGCCGCACCAAGUUACAGAAGUGCUGGAGGUCCACUAUCCUCCUCAGGUACAGAUUGUGCGCUCAGUAAUAGUACCUCAGGAAGGACAAUACUUCAAACUGGAGUGCGUAUCCAAAGGCAACCCAUUGCCUGAGCCAGUUUUUUGGACAAAAGAUGGAGGUGAGCUUCCUGAUGUUGAACGAAUGAUUGUGGAGGGUAGAGAUCUAAUCAUAACCACACUAAACAAAACAGACAACGGCACAUACCGCUGUGAGGCCAGCAACCACCUCGGCACCAACAGGGAUGAAUUUACACUGUAUGUGUACGCUAAAGAUUUCCCAGGUACAACCACAGAUCCUAACGCGCUGACACAGCCCGGCCCUGACCACGCGCUCAUCGGAGGAGUGGUGGCCGUCGUGGUCUUCAUCACGCUGUGCUUCAUCAUCGUCCUGGGCCGUUAUCUGGCCAGGCACAAAGGGACAUACUUAACCAAUGAGGCCAAAGGAGCGGAGGACGCCCCUGACGCAGACACUGCCAUCAUCAAUGCGGAGGGGAACCACGCACAUGCAGAGGAAAAGAAAGAAUAUUACCAGGGAGCGGCAAGAAAUGUGGUUCAUCUCAAGUCGGAAAACCUUGGCUUUGCCAAUAAUUACGCUUUAAGACAAGAAUACGUGAGAUGUAUAAUGUAAAUAUCAUGUACUGUCUUUGUUUUUGUGUGCGUGUCUGUUGUUUUCCAUUGUGAAAGUGGGUGUUUUUGUUAUUUAUUUAUUUAUUCUUUUGAAGUACGCCCUGUAAUAAAGAAUGUGCCCAAGGGAUACGGACAAUUAUGUAAUGCACGGACACCCGAAACAAGCCGGCAGAUUGAAAAUGGCAGGAACUCGAUGAAGCACAAAUGAGAAUUGGUGUGUAACCAUUAGAAGUGAGAUUAUUUUCUAUUUCCAUCAUACCUGUCUGUAUAUUCUUGCACUGUUAAUACCCCCCUCCCCCCUCCCCAGAGCGUUUAUUUCAACCCUGAAAAUGUAUCAAACGUAAGCACAAAGUCAUUGUAAAAUGUCAUUGGUUUAGACAGUCUCAGGAUGAAAAGAAGAGCCUAAUUGAAUUUGUCUUUUAUCACUGGAGUGAAUGCAUUUUUGUUCUCGCUUUGUGAAUUGAUCUAAACGGCCAUUUGUUCGACGUUUGAAUGGAAGUUCGGCAAUGUUUCAUUUCGAUUCGCUGACUGACCCUUGUUAAUAUUGCUGUAUAUUACUUUGCUACAGUGAUUGGUGGAAUAUUGUUAAACUAUAGGAUGCCAUAUAUAUAUAUACAUAUAUAUAUAUGAGAAAACAAAUGUCAAAAUAUCUAUUUCAAGUGUCCCAUACUUUUAGUUCAUAUUAGUGAGGAAAAUAUUUGUUCGUUAGUUUGUUUUGUCCCAACCCAGGGAAUGUAUAUAAUGUGUAUACUUCAGCAUUUAUUAAGCUGUUUAUUUAAUUGAAUUUGAUUUCUUUAUUGCUCUGUUUUAUGCUACAUGUGAACGACUCCAUUUUAGCCUCUCAAUACUAAGUACAUCCCGAUGGAUACAUGCCAUUAAUACUAAUUUAUUGGGUAAAUCUGAUGGACAAACACAAUACAUUACUAUUAGUGCUUUUACUAAGCUUGUGAACAGAUAGGAUCAUUUGUUCAUGAGAAGGUCAGAUCAACAAUCACCAUUAUUGCCUUUGUGUUUGCAACAGAACAUACGACCACGCAUUGAAGCUCUGGAGAAGCGUAACCUUCAAUGUACGUUUUUAUGAAACAUGUUUCCAGUGUUCAUACUUUAUUUCAUUCUUUAUAACAUCAACUAGAACGAAGACAUUUUUCUAAGAGCUUUUGAUUUGCUUUCUUGUUUUUUGCUGUAUGGGAAAAUGUGUGAGGUUGCUUUUACAUUAAAUAUCCGACUUUUUCAAACUAUGCCUCUGUAAGAAAAGAAACAAAACUCAGAGUACUGAGUAAAAUAUGCACAAACAAAGAUUUGUGUUUCCUUCUUCAUUAAACACAUAAGUCUGUCACAAACACAAACACACACACAC